AAGUUCCUAGAUCUUAACGAGGGGGGGGUAAUAAUAUCGCAAAAAGUAAAAGACCAAUGGACCCCGGUACUGUUUGCGAUAAAAGAAGGCACGCCAUGGGAAGCGUAAAUAUUUACAUCAUUUGAGAUCAUUCGUAGGGGGGUACAAAAGGAAUCUUUUUGUUUGUUACGAUGAUCGACGGAAACAUAUCAAUGGAGGAGGACACCGAGUUACGGGACCUCGUGGUGCAAACACUCGAGAAUAAUGGCGUUCUCGCUAAAUUACGGGCUGAGCUCAGGGCAAGUGUUUUUCUGGCACUCGAGGAACAGGAGACUGUUGCUAAUCCAGAGCCAUUACUCAAUGAAACGGUUAAACAGUACCUGGGGAACGAGGAUGGAAAAUUAUUGUUUUCCUUAGUUAGAGAGUUUCUAGAAUACUUUGGACUUGAUUAUACCAUAUCUGUGUAUGAUUCUGAAACUUAUUUUGGAAAAGAGUACAAUUAUCCAGGAAGAAACAAAUUGUCUGAGCAAUUAGGUAUCAGUACCAACGAGCCGUUGCUCGGAGAAAUUCUCAAAAGCAGCAUCAACGGUGCCUUCAAUAAUACCCAAAAAAGCAGCUUUGUCGACUCCAGACUCAACAAAACAAACGAAACGUCGACAAAUUUUUCUAACGCAACAUUUGAAAUUUCGGUACCGAAGGUCAUCCAUACCAAGGAAUCAACUUCAUACUCAAACGACAACGAUUCGUCCGAUAAGGUCGAGAGCAUUUCGGUCGCUAGUCCCGAUUUACCGAUAAACGUGACGAUAACGGAUAAAAAAACGUCGGUGAACGAUACCGCAGUAGAUACGUCGAGCAGUGAAUCGCCAAAAAAGUCAACGCUCAGAGUUAAGAAUGAGAGUUUCGAAGAGGAGAACCAAGACUCGGAAUCGUGUGACGGGACAACCAAUAACAAUGUACUAUCGAAAAAAUUAUCCGUCAGUCCUAACAAUCAAAAUCUCACGACAAACAACAGCCGGAAGCAAGAGACCAAAGCAGACAAAGAUACGAAUAUAAUAAACAAGAGUGAGCAACUGAUCAAGUUCGAUGAGAGUAUAGAUUGCGAAAAAGAGAUCAAUCAAAAUGAAGAAUUCGAUACGAAGCAAAGAAGCACGGAUCUACGAAUUACGAAUAACGCUCAGAACAUUAAAAUCAUUGAUGCGGAAAACAAUUUCGAAAAGACUGUUUUUUUCGAGGAAAUAAUAGUCGAUGGUAAGAGACAGAAAGUUGGCGACGUACGUAAAAGCGAAACUCUCUUGGGGGAAUUGCCACCCCUCGCGCCCAAGAGUAAUUCCAUUUUCCGCGAUUUACCUCCAUUGAAUGGUAAAAAAACUAAUAUUAACGACUUGAAAGAACUCAUGGAUAUUGGUUUAGGAGGCGGCGAUGCCGGUGACAACUACGAGGAAGAUUUUGUCUCUUCAGCUUCGGGUAGCGCAAACGAGCAAAGUCCAGUUAAAGAGUCUGAUGUUGAAUCGCCGGAUCGAAGUGGCACGAUGUUAAAAAAAAUGAAACAGCAGGAAAGGAGCCAUAGCACGAGAGGAGAUGAAUUGAGCGAGGAGAUUGACGAAAUCGAAGAAGUAUUCAGCAACGCGUCUUGCCUCGAAGAUACCAGCGGAGAUAACGGUAUAUCGAAUUUUACAAAGGCUAUUACCGUUGACUGUAACGACGACGUCUAAUUUUAAAUCACGAUACAAAACAAACGAAUGAAAACGAAAAAUAACGUAAGGCUUAGCGAGCGGAAAAAUUGAAUUAAAAUCCUAAUUCUGGUAAGCGAUAUCCUACUAAGACAUUAACGGUCUCGACGCAUGUGUUGCUGAUGAUUAAAAAAAAAAAAAAAAAAAAAAAAAUACCAGAAGAAAAAGAAAACAAAUUUAGCAGUUCAAGUGUCCAUGAGACGCGUCGUACACUGCCAGAUUUGGGGCUCAAUAUUUUUUAAGAUAUGCGCUGCAACUGAGCGUAGAAGGAAAAACGGUCCACCCCGCAUUGUGUUUUUUCUCUCCGUUUUGGUUUGUGCUGCGAUCGACUUUGUAAAUAUUCAUUGAAAAAAGGAAAAAAAAAACAAACACGAUGACACUGAGAAAAAUAUUUUUCUACACUUUCUAACAUAUGAGAUGAUGAUGUCGUCUGGAAAUCUCUCUGACAUUUGGGAUUCAUUUGACAAAUUCAAAAAUUCAAUAAUUCAAAAUGCAAAAGGAUCUAGGGAUUUUCCGGCUAUUCAGGAAACAUGAAUAGUGUCUUUUGGACACGUAUCAUUUCUUCUUUACUGCAUUUUCGGACAGUUUUCCUCCUGCGUUAUUCUGCGGUGAAUGCGCUUAGUAUUACUACUCGUAUUUAUAAUCGAUAGGGGUGAAAAAAAUGGACAAGAGAAAUCAACAAGGCUAAUAAGAUAGGGAAGAACCUUCGCGUUACGCAUUCAUCCCGCGGAAAUGCACUCAUUUUCUUUUUUCAUUCCUUCCGUUUGCCUCGGUAGGAAAUACAUGAAAAAAAAAAACACGAAUUUGAAUGAAAGGAAGAGAACAUAUUAUUUUACACGUACACGCGGACACUCACUCAUGUACCCCACACACACACACACACACACACACACAAACACACACACUGACACACAACGUGCACAUAAUAUUGCGACUGAACCUUGUGCAUUACCUCAUUCAACUAAAGUUAACUCGAAUGGUAUUCCUCAAAAAGAUACCUGUAAAUCAUCCGUCUUAUACAGUGGAUUGCCUAAAAAGAUCCAUGCAAAUUAUUUUCUCGACUAUAAAUGGUGCUACAUGUUUGAAAAGGCGAAAAUUAUUUAUGAUCGUUAAAGUUAUCCGAGUGCAAAAAAAAAAGAGAGAAAAAAAAACACACACGCAAAAUAAAGAAAGAAAAAAGUUGAUAAAAAUUAGGUGCUCACAUAUAUUUUCUUGGACACCGAUGUGCGUAUCGCAAAGUGUGUAUAAACUGAAGAAAGAAGAAAAACAAGCGAACAAAAACCACUUAGAAUAUGACGUGAUUUUUUGGGCAAUCCAGUACAAUAUGAAAUAUUUUAAAUUAAACAACGUCUAUGAAAUAUUUAGAGAAGGAGCGUGAAAGAGGGAGGGAGAGAGAGAGAGAGAAAUCCAAAAUGGUACAGUACACCCCCGUAUAAAGUUGCAAUAAAUUUCAAGUACAACCGAAUAAGUGGAUCAAUUGAGAUGCACGACAAAUCAAAAUCCUUUUGUAAAAAAUUGUUUAGUAAUAGCGUCACGGAUACGAAAGAAUUAUCAACAAGAAGAAAAUAAGUUGAGUCUGGGGAAGAGACGGUUGGAAUUAUCAAUAUUAUAAAAACGACUUAAACUAUCGUAACUUUGAUUGUAAUAAGCGACAAGUCCUGUAUAAGGUACGACUCUCGAACUCGAGACCUAACUCGAUUGUGUAUUGGGAACGAUUUAAAAUGCAAAUAAGCAAAGCGCGAGUAGAGAAGAAAAUGCGUAAAACAAACAAAGCAGGUGUGUUCCUGGCCAAUCAGCGUGGUUACAUUCUAUUAUCCGUACAGGACAUUUUUAUGAUGAUCGAAUUAAUCAAAUCCAGUACUGCAUUAAAACAUUCCCACAUUUCGUAGAAAGUAGGAAACAUACACAUUCCAUGCUUAAGAUAUUUUUUAAUUGGCUAGCAAUAGCAAAACGCUGUACAAUACUAGUAUUUUUCACAGUAGUUCUUAAGGAAAAAGGAUACCAAACGAAAAACGAAAAAACAAAAAAAAAACACUGGAAAUCAAAAAUCUGUUUAAUGGUUUUCUCGGUCAUAAUUUUCAAGCUCGUAUCAUUGGCUUGCAACGAAAUUCCUUCUUCUACUUCACAAUUGGUCGAUACCUCAGGGAAAUAUAGAUUAUGCACGAAAUCUUCAAUUUUCCUGGGCUCUUACGAAUUUUUUGAAUGAUUUGGAGGAAUGGAAUGUUAAAAAAUGACAGAUUCAUUUAUUUCGAAUCCGGAGAAUGAAAAUUUGAAUCCAGUGCAAGAUUCGUCUUCCUUAUCAAAUUAAUCUCUACUUAUACGUUGUUUUAGCAUUUUCCCCACCGUAACAGAAGACUCGCAAUCGCUUAACUGUCUUGCUCAUUGCUUUUCGCGCUUCAGUCGUUGUAACAUCGUCAUUUUGUUAAACGCUCGAGGACAGGGAAAUUGAGUGAAAGUGAAGAAAACGUCAAAAAACAACGCGCGAGAAAGUAUUAACGAAACUAUCCGCAGUGCGUGUACUGUCAAUAGAGAAACACAGAUAAUCACUUUGUAACCACGUUGAAAGAUUGGUAGCUAUAUCGUGCCUUUUAGCGUGUAUGAAAACAACUUGAAAAUUUAAUUAUAGUAAACAAAAAAGAACAAUGCAAAUAAAUAACUGUGGAAUUGUGGGUUUUCAUAAAACAUCGCUGUUUCAAUUAUUUAUCAUUUAUUUUCAUUUUUCUUUGCGAUACAAUUGUAAUGAUGUAUAUAAUAAAUAUACGGCGGUAAGAAGCUUAACAAAGUACUCCGAACCGAACUUUCAUCAAAAAAUAUAAAGAACAGUAUUUUGGAGUAUUUUAUUCCGCAAAAGGUAUGUCACUCUUGACAAUCCAGAGUUGAAAUAGUAUGUCUAGAGAUGCUGCACGCCUUGCAUUGUCCGGUUGGAAAUUUGCUUUCAAUUACACUGGUGUCAAGGCGAUGCUGCGUCUCUGGACACGGCGAAGGUAAAAAGACUGCUUCGAACUGUGGGAAAAUUUGUCAUCCCAGCCGCGAAGGCGAAGGUGCCAAGCAAGCGGUUCUAAAUAGACUUUUUCACCUCCAUAUGGGGCGUAAACUAUUUUUCACCAUGUUGCAGCGAAAAAUUCAACUUCUGCGAAACGAAAAGUUGAACUUUUCGCUGAUGUGUGGUGCUAAUUGAAUAAUGAUACUUUGUUAUGCUUCGAGGAAGACUAAACCUAUGUUAUCGAUUCUGUAAAGAUUGUUCAUUAUUUAAUCAACCAAGUUUUCUCUUCAAGUACUUUAUUAAUUUGCUCUUUUUUCUAUUUUAAUUUCCUUUAUGAUUUUCCUUCUGUACGAUUUGGUUUGAAAAUAAAUAUGAUUUUUAGGAACUUUGGUGCAUUUUUAAUUGUUUUUUUAUUUUUUAUUUUUUUAUUUAUUGUUGCUAUCCCAUUUGACUCGUUAUUCAAUCCAUCGAUCGACUAACUCUACUGCAACGCUACACGUCUUCAGGUCGUAUCUAUGAUUGUACAAACUGUACUUUGAACCCGUUUUGCACGGUUACAUGUUUAACAAUCUAAUUCAUAAACAUAUACGAGUUUAAUUAUAUUAAAAAUAAACGUCAGGUGAAUAAAUAGAGAGUACACAGCACAAAUAUUCAGCGCAAUUAUACUAAUUAUUACCGGUACGAAUGUCCAUGGUGUAGACACGAAAAUGAAAAUUAUACAGAUUUUACACGAGUACCGUGUUCGAAAAUCCUUAUGCGCGAUGCUUCGACGUUGCUGUUCCUACAUUGUAUUAUCGUGUAAAUCGAGAAAAUGAAAUAACAAAACGAAUAAAAAAUAAAAUUAUUGUACUUUACAGUA